AUGGUGGUUCAUGUGUCAGGUUUCGCUUACUAUAAAUGGCCUUCUGCUGCAACCAGAGACCGUGACUACGUCCCCGAGGAGUCUGUAGAAGCGGAUAGGCGCAGAGACGACGACGACUACUACCCAGGCACCGUAGUCAUCCAACCUGGCAAAUACACCCCAGGAACGGGACAGGUCAUUCCCAAAAAGUUCACCCCGCCCAGUCCCUCCACCAGACCACAGGACCUCUUCCCGCCGGGUCGACGAGAGGAUACCUCCCCGCCCGUCCGGCGGUUCAUCUCGCGGUUAAACCGCAAUGAGAUGCUCAUCUACACGGACGGUGCCUGCCUGGGCAACGGCCAGGCGAAUCCCAGGGCAGGCUGCGGGGUGGUCUUCAGAGAGGAGCGGCCCGGGCGAAGGGGCCAUUUUGCGUUCCCGCUUGAGCUGCAGGGCCUGCGAGGGGUGGACGAAGGUUGUUAUCGCGACGGACUCGGCAGUGUCAAGAAUCAGGACCUGUGGAAGUGCUUGCUGGGGUGGUGUGAGGAUGCGGCUACGUUUCGGGCCAAGACGAAGCUUGAGUUCUGGCGGAUCCCGCGCGAGUGGAACGCUGAAGCAGAUGGGUGGGCUAAACUUGCUGCUGCUAGUGAUGUGAGGGCGACGGCCUUUGGCAAGCCGUCGGGUCUGACGAUUUAG